UCUACACGCGACGUAAUUUACUGAUAUUUCAAUAUUAUUCCAGCAUAACAUCGAAUAAUUUUCCAAAUUUAAUCACUAGUAGAUAUUCGAUCUUCAUAGAAAUCUCAACAAAUCAUAUAAUACAUUGCAAUUUGCAUAUGUCAAAAUGAAAAUGGUACAAAAGUAGGCCGGUUUCCAUUCUCCCACUCUGAUUUCGAUCCAAGCAGUCUACUUGGUAGGUGCACACAACAAUACUUGUCACUGCUGUUUGAAAUUGCAAGAGAGAAGCAAGAAGAAAUUUCACUCAGCACCAAGAUGGACCGAACGAGCGUUACAUCCCGAAUUCCGACCGGCUUGAGGGUUCCGAGAGGCUAUCGGGCCACCCAAGCAAUUGGAGGUAAAGCGGAAUCGGGAGGGAAAGUUCGUUUUCCAAGCAAGACUAUUCCAACCGCGAACGAGAUAGAUCCUGAAGAGAGCUUGAUUGAGGACGAAAAUUUUCCGCCGUUGUUCUAUGAAGACAUAGAGGAUACUGGAGACGACCCGUACGACUGGGAGCCGAUAAACAUUUCCGAGAUCGACGAGGUAUAUUUUCGGAAGCUGAAGGCUGAAUGGGAGCUUCAAAAAAUGAGAGUGGAAAACUCCAGAUGGCGGCAGGAGAAUCAACGGCUAAAAACAGCAGCAAAAGGGGAGAAGUGGCGCAGUCGCUCUUUGUUUAAAUCUUCUAUCAUAAACAUAAUUGGGAGUGUUUUUGUGUGUUAUCUUCAAUUUUUGUUAUUAUUUUAA